GGAGCUGAUUACCAAUCAGCCAGCUGCUGAGGCCAAUUAGAGACCCCACACACCUCCACAGCUGCCACACACCUGAGCACCAGUAUUCAAGUCAAGUCUCAAGUCCUUGACCCAGUAUUCAAGUCUUAUUAUUGUAUAAUAAUAGAGUAACGUGGUCUUGUUGAUUCAACCACCUGGGAAGUGUUCUGAUAAAUGUGUAAAUGUGCUUCUAACACCGUAAGAAACCAGAUCUGAGCCUGUUGGGACUCACCGCUGGGCGUGUUGAGAUAUAAACACCUGCCUGAUGACACGGCGGCUCCGUGAUGUCGUGCAGGCUCUGAGUUCUGGGCGUUGCUCCUGGAGCCUGACGUCGGCUCUCUGACUUCCGGAAGCUGCUCCUGAGAACAUGACGUGACUGUUUUCAUUAACUGAUCUAGAAUCUCCAAAGUCUCUCAACCGGUUCACUGAACUGAGGGCUGUGAGGGCUUUGACCCUCAUGUCCUCAUUGUUGUCAUGGUAACCACGGUGUACAUCCCGGUCCCUCGGCAUGGACCGGUUUGUUGUCUGUUCAAAGACUCUUGAAUCAGAACCGAUGGGACAGUUUCUGACCCUUCGGCUAAACGGAAACAUGGCGAGUUCGAUCCUCCUCCCGUCGUUAUCUGGAGGUGAAGAUAAUCCAACUCCCGCCUCCCCUCAGAUUAAGGAGCUCACCGGGAACAUCCGGAGCCAGUUCCCCUCGUCCUCCAGCCUGUCGUCCAUCCCCACCGGCUCCGACGGCGACGCGCCCCGCGGCGGCACGCCGCCCGACGAGAAGCCGGCGGCGGCCAUGCGGGAGCACAGCAGGGCCAUCAAGAGGCUGCUGCAGUGGGUCCAGAAGAGAACACGCAGGUACAGCGUGGCGGUGCGUGACUUUGGGAAGAGCUGGACGAGUGGUCUGGCCUUCCUGGCGGUCAUCAAGUCCAUCGACCCCAGCCUGGUGGACAUGAGGAAGGCCCUGCUGAGGACCGCCAAGGAGAACCUGGAGGACGGCUUCCGGAUCGCCCACUUCAGCCUGGGCAUCCCCCGCCUCCUGGAGCCGGAGGAUGUGACCAUGAAUGCACCAGAUGAGCAGUCCAUCAUGACCUAUGUGUCACAGUUCCUGGCGCACUUUCCUGGCAUCGAGGAACCGGAGGGGCCCGUCCAGCCGGUCGAACGGAGCGUCUCCAUGGGCCGACUCAACCGCGACGGCGACUCCAACCCCAUGAGGGACAACAUCCACCGGAGCCGAGUGAAGGAGAGGGCCUUCAUGUUCCAGAGGCUCUGUACCCAACCGCCGCCCAAGAUCUUAAUCUCCUCCGUGUCAGAGGACCGCGGCGCCGCCUCACCGCCCUUCAGGCCGGCUGCCGCUCGCUCGUGGUCCAGCGUCGACAUCUUGGCGGACCCCGUCUCCGGCAGCGUGGUCCAAGAGCCCGAGGACCUGACCUCCUCGACCUCUGACUCCCUUCGAGCGUCCGGCACCCACUCGCCCACGGGCUCAUCGGCGCCCGAGUCCGUGAGCACCGAGUCGGUCAUCGGGGACUCGGCCAUCAGCUCACCGGACUCCUGGGGGGGGAGCGAGUUUGGGGCGGUGCCAGAGAGGUUUGGUGAGAGCCGAAGUGACGGUUCUCUGUGUGACAGCGGGGCGGCCUGGGAUGUGUACCGGGCCACGCCGGUGGAGGUCACGCCUCUGGAUGAAGGGUGUGUCCUCUCCACGGAGGAAAGAGCCGCCGAGGACGAGCAGCCGAUGACGGAGCCGUACCCCGAUGAAGGGAUUUACUCACUGAGCUCAUCGGAGAACACCCAGGAGAAGAGUCAACGGCAUUUUGAGAACAAGCAACCGGAAGUCGUGAAAGAGAAGGAGGCGAACCGAGAGGAGGACGACCAGGACACGGCGGUGGAGCCUCAACAGACCCCCCCGGUGGGACUGAGCAACGCGGGGGGGGAACAUCCGCAUGGAGCCGAUCCACCCGACCAGUUGCAACUCAAGCAAACCGCUGUUGAAGAGAGCGCGGGGGGCUUGGUUGGGGGGGCGGGGCAACAUGUCGGACACGCUGCCGGUCCGACUGAGCGUCAGAAUGAGGGAGGAGAUGCUGUAGAAACACACAAUAAAGUCGUUGAAGGAGUUCUCAGAGACGACCUUCAUGCUCCAGAAAGCUUGAGCUCAGAGACUCGAGCAAACACACGUCCAACCAACCAAGAAGCAGCUUCCGGAGCCGGUCUGGACCCCGGCCCCGGCAUCAGCAUUCCUCGGAUCGCUGUUUCAAGUGAGCCAGAAGAACCGGAUGAAGAGGGAAUAUGUGACCCAGAAAGACGAGAUGAUGCUGAUGAGGCGCAUCGGCCCGAGGGACCCGACACGGAUCUGGACUGCCCUCAAAAUCCACAUGAAUUAGACGGUGACUCCAAUGACAACGUAGAGCUGCCAUCCUGUCUGGGAUCAGAAGAUAAUAAACCAGCAGCGUCACAACAGAUGGGGGCCACAGAGAGAGGCCACAUGGCAGCAGCUGAAGGCCCCCUCCACACUGAGAAGGACUUGGCUCCUCAGACUUCGUCUCCACGCGCUACAUCUCAGCAGGAGAUAGGUCCGGACACAGCUCGCCCCCAGCAGAACCCUCUGGAGCCGGUCCACUCUGACUCCAAUGGCACGACGGGGCUUUGGGCCGACGCACCAGGCGGUGUGUCCGGAGACUUGGAUCAACGCCCCCCCUCAGAGGAGGCGGGCGGUGACCCCAUCGAGCCCAUGGAUCUGUUCUACCCCGACCAAGAGGAGCUCGCGUUGGGGGAGCCCCCGGAUACUGAAAUGCAGAGCUGGCCUUCGGUUCUGAGUGUCUCUGCUCUCCAGCCAGCGCCGGCUUCAGAGACCCAGCCCGACCAGACCCUCAGCCGGCCGGGCAAAGACUUCAGGAACGGACUGGAUCCCAUCCAAGAGAACGACGAGCAGGAAACUGACAGAGCUUCCAGAUCCCAGGAACCCGGGGAGAAGACGGGUGAAGGCAGUGAGGCCGAGCAGCCGAGCCCGGGCCGCGCCGGGGAGAACACAGAGCCUGUGAGGGCUGACGCUGAAGGGUCCGGCAGACCGGAUGAAAGCCAGAUCCCUCCGGUUCUCCGUCACAGAAAGGGGGCUCGCGUCACGGACCACCCGGACAAUCACACAUCCCCGACUGCAGCCACCAGAAGAGCCGACCACGGGGACUCUGAUGUCUGUGAGAGCUGGGAGCUCUAUGUGCUGCUGCUGCUGUGGCUGCUGCUCUACUGCUGCUGGCUGCUGCCUCAGAUGGACCUGAAGACGCUGCCCGGCCUGCUGCUGAACCUGGAGCCCUGAACACACACACACACACACAGCUCCACUGCCACUCCUCUUCCCUCUGCCCCACACUGACUGUCCUCCAGUCCCAGUGAAGGCGUUUGAAUAUGUGUAUUUCUUUACUAGAGCUUUGUUUUGAGCUUUUUGCUUCCUAGCGUUCGAUGUCUGUAAACUGUACGACGAAGUAUCAGGACCACUGCUCGGGAAAUAUGAACUCAUAUUAUGAGACUAAAAUUGUGAUUUUACAAGAUUAAAGUUCAUAACAUAUCAAGAACAAGUUUUUUAACUUACAGAAAAAAGUCACAAUAAAAGAAAAAUGUGAUUAUUGAAAAAUAUUUUCGUAUAAUUAAAUUUUUAACAUUAUUAUCUUAGUUAUAAUAUCUCCAAUAUCCAUUAUAUAUAUCCAGAACCAACAAUCUUGUAAAGUCGUGGCUUUGUUCUCCAAAUAUUGACCAUGGACUCACAACGUCGUGACUGAGUCUCUGAAGACACGAGGGCGCUCGCUGCCACUGUGAGGUGGAGGUGUGGACGGAGGCGUUAUGGAUGCACCGUCUGAAGAGGAAUGAAGUGAAGUGACCGUCCUGAAGAUGGGGGAGCGGUACCAGGACUGAUGGAGCGGAUUCUGAUCCGCUGCACUUUGUUUGAACGGAAUAAUACAAACUGCCAAAGAAAGUCACCAGGAACCCAGAGCUGGACGUCUGGUUGUCGACGCGGAGCUCGUCCAGCGUAACUCUUGGACUAAAGCGGCUCUAUAUUGUAUAAUCGUUGAGGCAGAAUAUGUAUUUGUAACAAUUUGUGUCUCUUUAUGGAUUUUUAAAACGGUUUUAUGACAAAAAAUGUGUGAUGUGCUCAUGCCUGUCAAUGAGAAGAGGACGCGUCACAGUGACAUGUACUGUGUGUUGUUGUGGAACUCGGUCGGUACUGACGGGUCCCUCUGGGUCGACAUCCAGCUCCUCCAGAGAGCACCUGCAUCACCUGGAGCGUGUGCGGUGUACCUGUUAUCCUCGUACACUCACCGGUUACUACACAACAAAUUACCGUCAGGAAAAGACGUCUUUCAAUCUGAGGAAUACCAUCAAGUACCUCAAAAUGUUUCCUUUUGUCCACCUACAUAAAAACAUCUAAAUGGCUCCAGAAGUUUAACACCAA